AUGGGUUUUAAGAUCCUUUUCCUAUUUGCCGUGCCGCUUUUUGUAACGGCACAGGUUACGUCGGAUCUGAGGGAUUUUAUGGAGAUUGUGCGGCAGCGAGCAAAUGGCAACGAUAUUCCUCAGUGCCCAUGUGUCAUCCAUCCAGAAAGUGGCCAAUGCAUUGUUUACAAUGCACGAUAUCAAGCGAGCAGUAUCGAAGAGGCGAUGUACACUUUUUCCGAUUUGACGUUGCACACCGAGCCUGAACGAGACGUGGUAUCAUACUCCUGCACAACAGUAGAAUGCCAGCAAUGCUUCAGCCUUUUGUAUUAUCAUCUUAUUGACAAUGGCAUAGUUGACAGAGGUUUCCGGCCAGUAACCCCGCUUCUCGAUCGAAGUGCUCUUCGACCAUCGCUUUGCACUCGAUAUGGAUUCCUGAGAAAUGCGAAUGUUCCUCCACCACCAGAUUUUGUACCUCCACAUGUCCGAACCUUGAUAAUAAAUGGUUUACGAAGUUCUGGAAGACGAUUACCGCAGGUAAAAUGUCCUGCUCCAUAG